GCCGGGAGACCGCGCUGUACACAUUGCUGGGGCUGGAGGGGAGCUCCUGCCCGGCUGCCUCGCCCGGAGUGCGGCCCCCUUGCAGCUCCCGCGGGUGCCAGCGCUGGGGCCGCUUCGCUGCAGUCCGCCUCCUCCAGCUUCGGGUUUCUUUUGUUUGGUCAUCGUCAUGAUAAAGGUUUUUCCUUAGGAAGGAAAUCCCUUUGAAGUCCAAGGCUGUGGCCGAAAUCCAGGCUGCUGCGUCUUGUGGGCUGGCAGUGGGAUAGCAGCAGAAAAUUAUUGGACAUGUCCACGGAUGUAUGGGUGGGGAGCUGGCGACCCCACCGGCCCAGGGGACCGAUUGCUGCCCUCUACAGCAGCCCAGGGCCCAAAUAUGGGCUCCCGACAAAUGUAGGCUACCAGCAACAUGACCCCUCUCGCUGCCGUGCCCCUGCGUACAGCUUUGGCACCCGUCGCUUCCAGGAGCAGGAGAGUUGCUCUCCUGGGCCAGGCUACCUCAUUCCGGCCAACAUGACCAUGAGGGGCAAGGGCGGGAUUCCUGCUUACUCCAUCUAUGGACGCCCAAGAGACAUCAUGGCUUUUUCUACUCCGGGGCCAGGUUGCUAUUCCCCAGAGAAAUCUGGCCGGUGGGCCUUCGCCUCCGCUCCCGCCUACUCCCUGGCUUCACGGACAAAGGGGUUUGCGGAUGACCAUACACCAGGGCCAGCGGCCUAUGGGCUCCCUCCCAUGCUGGGGCCCAAUGUGGUCAACAAGAGCUCAGCUCCCAACCACUCCAUCUUUGGACGCAACAUGAUUGGAAGCUUUUACGAGGACCUCUCCAAGACCCCAGGGCCCUGCAACUACCACUUGGUGGAUCCCAGCAUCUACAAGAACCGCCCGCCCCAAUACAGCAUGCUGGCGCGCAAUGUGCCUCCAGGAGACAACACUCUCAAGCCGGGCCCGGGAGCCUACAGCCCAGAGAAGUACAUCCAGCACCGUGGCUUGACCUUCGGGAUCCGCCACUCCGACUACGUGGCUCCGCUCAUCGUGGAUGUGGCCGAAUGAGCCAGCCCCAUCGGCAGGGAUGGGCUAGUCAAGAAGAAAUGUCCGCCUGGAAAUGCUUGGAUCUCCCCAGGAGGGGGUGUUGGCAGCUUUGGGCAUGUGGGAGGGGGGUGGAUUCACCAGGGCACACAGGGCGCCCCCCCCGGACUCCCUGGGGAGAUGAGGAAGGUGCAGCACCUCCAGAUUUCCCCCAGAUUCUCUGGCUCGAUUGCACCUUGGUAAGUGGCUACCUCACAACUGUUUUGGAAGGUCGGGUGGCCGAGGCAAGGCCAGGGUGCCUGAGGAUUCCCUUUCACUGCUUCGUGGAGGCUCAAGACCUCUGUGCCCCCAAGGCAGAGUGCCAAAUGCCGCUUUCCCAUGCACACCCUCCUCCCCCUCCUCCCCUUUUUGUGUUUAAGGGGGGAGGGGGCAGGCGGGCAUCCUGUGUCACUGGCACCCCCAAAACCUGCUGCCUGAGGUGACUGCCUCACCGCGCCACAUAGAAGGGUUGUCCCUGAAGAGUGGGGAAAGAAUCUACUGGAGGGAGAAUCAGUCUCAGUGGGUGGGUUGGGGGUCAAGGAGGCCUGGUUUCCCAUCCUGAUCGCCCAUCCUUAGGGCUGUGUGUGCUUUUAAAAAAAUAAAUAAAGGUCCUGCACUCCGAAAA